CCCACCCCACCCAGAGAUCAUCGCGGUCCCCCCCCUCCGCACUCCUCACUACUUCUCCCACAGUCCUAGGAACCGUCCCAUCAAAGAACAUGGAGCUCAACGACCCCGAGCAGCCUCAGGUGGAGCUCUUCGUCAAGGCUGGCAGUGAUGGACAGCGCAUUGGAAACUGCCCCUUUUCCCAGCGCCUCUUCAUGGUCCUUUGGCUAAAAGGAGUAACGUUUAACGUCACUACAGUUGACAUGAAAAGAAAGCCACAGAUACUGAUGAGCCUCGCCCCCGGAGCCCAGCCCCCCUUCCUGCGUUUUGGGGAUGAGGUCCGUACUGACAUCAACAAGAUAGAGGAGUUUCUGGAAGAGACCCUGUGCCCCCCUAAAUACCCAAAGCUGGCUGCCAGGAAUCCUGAAUCCCACACAGCUGGGCUGGAUGUCUUUGCCAAGUUCUCUGCCUACAUCAAGAACUCCAAUCCAGCAGCUAACCAACUUUUGGAAAGGGGUUUCUCAAAGGCUCUGCGGACUCUGGACUCAUACCUGAUCACCCCUCUCCCAGAGGAAGUCGAUGAAAACAGCGCAGAGGAUGAGACCGUGUCACACCGAAAGUUCAUGGAUGGGGAUGAGCUGACGCUGGCUGACUGCAACCUUCUACCCAAGUUGCACAUAGUACAGGUGGUCUGUGAGAAAUACAGAGGCUUCAAGAUCCCCCAAGAAUUUUCUGGAAUUCAUCGCUAUCUCCAAAAUGCGUAUCAACGUGAAGAAUUUGUCAACACCUGCCCUAUCGCUUCUGAAAUUGAACUUGCAUAUGCCGAGGUGGCCAAACCCCUCAAAUAAACCCAUCCAGCUUUCUGGGAAGAGAAAGAGGAAUUCUUUGUAUUUAAAUUUAAUUCGAAACAAUGGAAGAAAAAAAAAAACUUUCACAUUCCUAGCUUUUGUUACUGUAAGAAGGACAGGGCGCCGAUUGGCCUGUCCACCUGCCACUCAUUUAACCUGCUCCUUCUUUUUGCUCUCUUUCUCAUUUUAAAGUACUGUUAUAAUACAAUACCAUCAUUGCAGUUCCUGGGUGUGACCACUAGGCAACAUUUUGGGUAGAUCUGCUCUUAUUAGCUGUGUCUGUUGCUCGCCUUUGCUCCUUUGUGUUUACAGGGAGAAGAAAUUGAAAGGCUACAUAUGUUUUCCUGAAAAAUCUAUAUUUCCUCUAAUAUGUAUAUAGUUAAUAAUGAACUACGUCUUUGUUUUGGAGAUCAGGUUACGCAAAUGUGCAUGUUGGCUCAGACACUUUCCUUGGUGGACUCCGGCAUUGGCUAACUGCACAAACCUACUUUUGUUUUGGGUUUGCUGACCUUUUAAAUUCAAAUAUAGAAGCAAGUGAGACGGACAUGACCUCUGAGGACUGCUGGACCGGGCUGCUGUAUGUAUGUAUGUAUGUAUGUAUGGCCAAUUUUUGUUUAGUUUUGGCUAAAGUAGGGAAGAGUAAAACAACCUUUUGUAUUAUUUUCUAAAACCUGUGGCCUACUAGGGAGAUUUCCCUUUAAUUUCCUAUUCUGGUGACAAAGCAGGAAGGGACUCUCCCCAAAGCAAGGGGAAUUUUGGGUUUCCCCUAAUUUUGCUCUUUGGUGCCUGUGGUCACCCAGACAAAUGGAGAGAUGGAAUCUUCCCAGCAGGGACACGGUCAGCAAAACCAUUGCAUUGGAAUUUAAAAUAAGGUGGAAGACUGUACAUUAAAGGAGAAGUCCAGCCAAAGCUCCUUUGGACGUACUUCUGGUGUUCAGUGAGCACGGGGGAGGCAGAGCAGACAUUGGUUACUGAAGGUCACCAGCUCUCUGCUAGGGAAGCCCUGAGAAAUUAGUGAUCGGUGGGGUUAGAUUGCUCGGUUCUCAGUCUUAAUGCACACAGGGCAGUUGAAAACCUUUUCUGAAUGCUGGGAACUGUUGGUUUUACAACUUUUACAUGGCGGGUUUAUGCGAGUUUUGCAGUGGUAGUGUUUUGAGAUUAGAAGCUUUUUUUAAAGUUAAUCUCAGGAGACCCUCCCAAAUGCCCACAAUGCAUGGAAAACAAGUCAAUUAACUAUUUCAGCCAUUCUGUGAGAAAAGAGAGAGCAGUGUGCUUGUAGAUGGCUGUCUUAUUUUUUGUGUUUUCACUAUGGUUUCCAUCAUGAGGCUCCGAAGGCCUAGAAAAUUGCGUGAGAGGACCAGAGUUUGUCUCUACUGGACUCAUCCAUUGAUGCAGGCAACAGCAUGUGGUGAAAUUUGUGUUUUUUUUUCAACAUUUUUACAUGUUCAAAAAGUAUAAAUUUUUUCCCCUAUAAAAAUGCUUAUUAACACAAAUGUGCAUAAACACGGUUUACCGUGGUUACACGCAGUUGCAAGCAUUUGGCGGUUGAACUGCGAUUUUCUGCUUUCAAUAAAACGCCUGUAACCUCCACUGCCUCUAAACUACUAUAAAUGCCUGAAUGUACACAUAAGAUAAUAAAGGAGAGUUCAGGAGCUGCCGGGAAAAAAAACGCGCCCAAUUGCUCCUAAACUUCAGUUUAGCAGUUGUAUUGUGCAUGAGGCCCUAGAGAUGCCGGGGACAUAUGCAACAUUGGACUGAUGCUGCAUCCACCUAGGUAAGUAUGAUUCUGAAAUAAAAAGAAAAUCCAUGCUUCUUUUUUAAAACCAACACGUGUCGGGGGGCCAAAACUCGCCUUUAUAGAAAACUGUGUAAAGACUGGAUUGAAGAUACAGUGUUCAUCUGCUGAUAGCUUGGUUUUAUAUUCUUCCACCAGAUUUUACAUUGGAACACAUUUGGACCUGGAUUAUGAAGUUGUGAUAUGGUUCUUUAAUCUAAGGUUUAUUUACAUUACAAACCAAGGGGGCUGUUGGAAUCCAUUGCUGUGUAGAAGCUGCCAGCCCAGAAUCCAAACACCCUAUAUAAACACUACCACAACACUAUUGGAUAGUAACAUAAAUAAGACAUUUCCAAGGUUUCGAUGCUACCUAUCUAUUCCUCCAAGCAAUAAACCCGACCGAGGGUCUAAUCAUUUUUCCCACUCUGUCCAAAACAAAAAUUAAAAAAAAGUUUUGCCUUUUAUAUAGACGCUAAUGUAUUGGCGCUAGCUUGUGUGACAAAUUAUUCUCAUAUGUGCUACUGUACAUGCAUGCCAUUGUUUAUACAGCGGCACCAUGUUAAAGGGAAAGUACAGUAAGUGUAUCAUCAGUGAAUAUUUAGACUUUUUAUUGCUAUGUUUUAAAUUUAAAAUAAUUUUUGGUGUGGGGUUUUCUAUUUUAUUUUUAUUUUAUAAGCUUGCUUAUAAAAUCUCUUUAAAUAAAGGGAUAUUUAUACAUUAGCCACUAAGUGGAGCAAACCACCUAAAAGCUGCAGAGCGCUUCAUAGGGAGUGCUAACUCCUAGAUUGCAUUGUGAGGUGUACAUAAUGAGCAAAGGUGUAUUCUUUCAUGUUCAUAUAGAAGUACAAACUUUUCAGUUGAAACCGGGUUUCCUAAAAUGUUACUAUUCUUAUAGUUUAUAGUUCUUUUUUACACACACAUCUUUGAAAAACAUCCCCUUUAUUUCUUUUAUAUCUAGUUUAGAUAAAAGCUAAAACAUAAGAAUUAAAACAAUGGAGCAAACUACAUACAAAAGGAGCUUGUUUAUUUGAUCAAUAUGUUAUAAUAAACCUCUGUUGGUUAUUAUGGUGGAAUGGUAGUUGGGAAUCCACUGUGUAGAUCGACCUUUUUCAACCAGGGUUCAGUAGAAUCCUAAGGUUCCUUGCGUUUUUGCUAGGGGUCCUUUCAGCAAUGAGAAUUUUUUGACUUUCAGAUAAGUACCCAAGGACACCAAUUAUAUUUUUAUAUAUCUGUAAUGGAAGAAUUUUUCCCAUAUACCCAAUGUAGUAAGCAAACUUCCCAGUGACCCCAAAUGUAAUCCUUCCACUGAUUACCAGUGUAAAGCUGGCCAUAACCACAAAGUGGGGUGCAAAACUUGUACAUGGCAUGAUUAAAUAUGGCUGCCCUUUUUACAUAUAUAAUAAGCUAUACAGAGAAACAUGUUUUUGUGAAAACCUUAAAACAGCUGAGAACAUAUUCAGCAAGCGGAUCUUCUACAUGUUUAUUUAACAAAAAUAAAAAAUAAUUGUACUGUACAUUCCUGGCGAAGGACGCUGAUGCACACAAAGGUCACCCCAUUUUCUGUAGGAAAGGCCCUGACAGGAUUCAUGUUGGUCUCAACCAAAAAAAGGAAAAAUGUUCUAGUGUCCUAGAGACAUUCCUAUGCGUACAUUUCCUGAUCUCAAAUUCUAACUAUACAAAUUCAACUGUGCUUUGGUAAAUCUUUUCUUUCAGAAGUGCCUUUUUUGAACUUGGUUCCUCUCUGGACAUAAUCUGGGUGCCGCACUGGACCCUGGAGCCUGGAUAACCUGUGUGAUGCAGUUAUCAAAAUGCAAAAUUCUUUCUAUCCUUUAUAUUGUUGUUACAAUGUUUUCUAUAAUAUAAAUAAAAAUAUUUGACUUAUU